AUGGCUGGAUGUCAAGGAGUCAAGACAUCUAUGUCACAAUCACCUGCCACUAUUGAAGAGUGGCAGGUGAUCCGUCGGAGCGAAAAGGAUCUUUGCACUUUGACAGAGGCAGAUAUAACUGUGGCAGAGGACAUCGUGAAAGCUCUUCAGCCGAUGAAAAGUGCAACUCUGGUGAUGUCUGGAGAGAACACCGCUACUCUCUCUAUCAUUGCACCAUUGCACGCACAGCUCCUUGAUGAGAUGCGCUCGACUGCCAGUGAUUCGACUGUCAUUAAGGAACUCAAAUCUGCCAUGCAUGACAACUUGAAGUUUAGAUAUGCAAAUCUAAAAGAUAAGCUGUAUGUGGUGUCUGCCCUGGACCCUCGUUUCAAGACUCUUCCUUUCAUCUCUGAAGAGGAACGCGAGGACACAUUCACAACAUUGAUCAGUGAGAUGGUCACUCUGGAGCAAGUUAAGGCACAUGAUCAGCAAGGAUCUGAUAGUGCUGGUAAUGGAGGCAGUGCACCUGUACAGGAGCAAAAAUCCCUUGGUGAAGGUGACCCCUCCCCAGCCCCACCAAAGAGGUCAAAAGAAUCCUGUGCACUGUUGGAUCUGCUUGGGGCAGCCUAUGCACCAGUGGCUAAAGUAGUCAGUGCUACUGCUGCAGACAGGGCACGGGAAGAAGUUGUCAAAUACAGAGAAGUUAUACCUAUACCUCUCUCAGAAGAACCACUUAAGUGGUGGUGUAAGCAUGAAGGAGUGUACCCACUUUUGUCCCUCCAGGCAAAACGCUAUCUUUGUGUUCCAGGGACCAGUGUCCCAGCUGAAAUAAUUUUCUCCACAGCUGGAGACAUUAUUACAGCUCAAAGAAGUUGCCUUCUGCCAGAGCACGUUGACCAACUCCUUUUCUUGCAAAAAAAUUACAGUUUCCAAUGA